GGAAGAAAAAACCAGAGCGCAUUGCAAUUAGGGGUUUUGAAUUUUGAUUCGCUUUCGGUUUCAGCAGCAUCAAAAACUUUGCAAUGGCGAGAUUGAAGGUGUACGAGCUGAGGAACAAAACGAAAGCAGAGCUUCUGAGCCAAUUGAAGGAUCUGAAAGCUGAGCUGGCACUCCUCCGUGUUGCCAAGGUCACUGGCGGAGCACCCAACAAGCUCUCCAAAAUAAAAUUGGUCCGGUUAUCGAUAGCGCAGGUGUUGACGGUUAUUUCGCAGAAGCAGAAGUCGGUGCUGAGGGAAGCUUACAAGAAGAAGAAGUAUCUGCCUUUGGAUCUGCGUCCGAAGAAGACCAGAGCUAUCAGAAGACGCCUCACCAAGCACCAGGCUUCUUUGAAGACAGAGCGUGAAAAGAAGAAGGAAGUAUACUUCCCAUUGAGAAAAUAUGCAGUUAAGGUGUAAUGUUCUCCUUGUUACUUGACGAAAUUCUCAAAGUUUUGUUAAAUCUUCAUGAAUCUUUUGUGCAAAACAAUUUCUUUUUUUGUUUUAAUCUAGUCAAAGCUUGCAUCUU